CAAUCCUUUCUCAUGUUCUCUCCCCACAUUCUGAGUUAUCUCACUCAUCAGACACCGGUAACCUCCCCACCGUGACAGUCGAUUCUGAUUCGCGGCGACAAGUAUAAGCUCAAAGCAAAGCUGGUGGCCCCCAUCCGCCACUUCAAGAAAAUUUUCUGAUUGGCGGCGACAAGUAUAAUAUCGAAGCUUGGUUGCUCAACUUGCUCUUCGACAGUCGCGAACAAAGAUUCUCAGAAACGGUCGAUUGCGAACACAUCAAGCCUUAUCAAAUUCAACAGGCUAAGAAGGAAAUAUGGAGGAAGCAUCAGAGUUUAAAAGGAAAAAGAGUGUGCCGGUAUUGCCAUGGAUGAGAAGUCCUGUUGAUGUUAGUGUAUGCGAGGAAUGUGCUCUCAAUCUCCUUCCUUUUCUUGAUCCCAGGUUGGAGGUGGCUUUGCAGAAUAUGGGCAUUACUUCACUCUUCCCUGUGCAAGUUGCAGUAUGGCAAGAGACGGUUGGACCUGGGUCAUUUGAGCGAGACCUUUGUAUAAAUUCACCUACAGGAAGUGGGAAAACUCUAGCAUAUGCUUUGCCAAUAGUGCAGAUGCUGUCAACUCGUGCAGUGAAAUGUCUUCGUGCUUUAGUGGUGUUGCCUACUCGUGAUUUAGCCUUGCAGGUUAAGGAAGUCUUUGAGGCUAUUGCACCUGCAGUGGGCUUAUCUGUUGGUUUGUCAGUUGGUCAAUCUUCAAUUGCAGAUGAGAUAACAGAGCUUAUUAAGAGACCGAAGCAUGAGGUGGGGAUCUGUUAUGACCCAGAAGAUCUUUCACUGGAUCUACAAAGUUCAGUGGACAUACUCGUGGCAACACCUGGAAGGCUGAUGGACCAUAUUAAUAACACAAAGGGUUUUACACUUGAGCAUCUUUGUUAUCUUGUGGUUGACGAAACAGAUCGAUUGCUCAGGGAGGCAUAUCAAUCCUGGCUUCCUACCGUGCUUCAACUGACACACUCCAGUGAUGAAUGUCUCUUCCCUCAUGAUAAUACUUUUCUAAGUUCUGCAUUUGGUUCCCUAAGAACCAUAAGGAGAUUUGGCAUUGAAAGAGGAUUUAAGGGUAAAUCUCACCCUAGACUUGUGAAGAUGGUUCUAUCUGCCACACUAACCCAAGAUCCGAGCAAGCUUGCCCAGCUAGAGCUGCAUCACCCUUUAUUCUUGACAACUGGGCAAAGGCGUUAUCAGUUACCUGAACAACUACAAUCCUUCAAGUUGGGCAUGGAUUUACUAUCAGUUUUGGUGGCAUCUCCUUCAACUUUGAGGAUGGAAGUUGAGUACCUUUAUGAAUCAAAUCAAAAGCCCCUGUAUUUGGUAGCCCUUUUACUAACAUUGCAAGGGGAAAAGAGCAUUGUGUUCACGUCAUCCGUGGAGUCAACUCAUAGACUAUGUACCUUGCUAAAAUUUUUUGGCGAUUUGCAAAUCAAGAUUAAGGAGUAUUCUGGUCUUCAACGUCAGUCAGUAAGGAGCAAGAUACUGAAGGCAUUCCGAUCUGGAGAAAUACAAGUACUUGUCUCCUCUGAUGCAAUGACUCGAGGAAUGGAUGUUGAAGGGGUGAGAAAUGUUAUUAACUAUGAUAUGCCUGCAUAUAUUAAGACAUUUGUUCAUCGGGCUGGUAGGACUGCAAGAGCGGGGCAGACUGGUCGUUGCUUUACUCUGUUGCGUAAAGAUGAGGUUAAGAGAUUCGAGAAGCUGUUACGGAAAGCUGACAAUAACUCUUGUCCUGUUCACUCUGUUCCUUCAGAUUCAAUAGAACCACUUCGUCCUGUAUAUACCUCUGCUUUGAAAAAACUGAAGGAGUGUGUAGAAUCAGAAACCCGGAAGCGCAAGAUAAGUGUUAAGUCUUCAAGUAUGGUCAGGGUGAAGAAGUUGAACAAUUUGAAGGAAUAAUUUAUUAUCUUUCUAGCACUAAUUUUUGCCGAUCUUGAGUUCAAUUUUGCAAUGUAUAUGAGAUUUGGGGAAAAGAGGAGAAGUUAAGACCAAAAAGUUUUGGUGGACAACCAACGAAGCGGAUGUUACUGGAAAUUCUUGUCUAUGGGCUGAAGAGCGGGAAUGGACCUAAUAAAACGAUUAAAAUUAGGUCAUCUUAUCGAGUAUCAAAUGUGAUAAAUUAAAGAGCACUUUGAAGUUGAACAGAGCAACAUCCUGAAAAAUCGGGAUCAGUGUUUUUAUUUUAAAUACAAUUUUUAUUUAUGUAAUUUUUCUUUUAGUAUUUUGUGUUUGGCUA